AUGAAGCAUCUGGUCGUAGUGGGUGCAUGUUAUCUCGACACUAUUCUCACCGUCCCUCACUAUCCGGGCGAGGAUGAAAAGCUACGUGCAACGUCUAUCAGCCACCGACGGGGCGGAAACGGUCCGAAUACUCUCGAAGUCCUUGCUCAGCUUCUCCACCACAAGAUCCCCGACAACACACGGCAUCCCACUACGAUACCUCAGCCUGCGUCGCCCCGACCGAGCCUCCACCUGAUUUCUACGCUCCCUUCAAAACAGUCCCAAGCGGUAUCAAAUAUCGCCUCGUCACUGGACCCCACUGUGGAUAUCGAUCACAGCAUUUUCCGUGAGUCACACACCGAGCCUGCCUCCAGCUAUAUCGUACGCAGCUCUACAUCUGGCAGCCGCACGAUCGUCAACUACAAUGAUCUGCCAGAGAUGACGGAGCAUGAUUUUCAGUCCGCCGCAGAACAGCUUCUUUCGGACGCCGAAACUUGGUGGUUCCAUUUCGAAGGCCGCAUUCCAGAGGUAACGCUGCGGUGCAUCAGAUAUGUCCGCGAGCGAUGUCCUGAAGCGACGGUAAGUGUCGAGGUGGAGAAGCCGCAACGAGAAGGUCUCGAGGAUCUGGCGCGGGCAGCGGAUGUGGUUUUCUACUCACGAAGCUGGGCAGCGGCACGCGGAUACACGAGUGCGGCAGAAUGCGUCAAGGAACAAGCUGUGCGGACGCGCCGAGACACAAGGCAAAUGCCUAGACACGCGGGCACUCCCAGUAUGCUGUCAAUAUGUACAUGGGGAGAGCAUGGAGCUGCACUUUACGCGCCUGCGUGGCAGGAGCCAGUCGAGGCGCCAGCCCUAGAAAUUGCAGAUGGAAAGGUUGUUGACACGAUUGGCGCUGGAGAUACGUUCAUCGCGGGCAUGUUACACGGUUUCCUGAGCGUUCAGGAGCGUUUUGCUGACUUUGUGCGGAUUCUGGUAUUCGCUAACGAGCUGGCUGGGUUAAAGGUCAUGCGCGAGGGAUUUGACGGGCUGGCUGAAGAUGUCUACCGGAGAGCGACGGAUCUCGAGCGCGUGAUUCUAGGCAUGGAGUGA